GUAACUAACAAACCGAGAAUUUUUUACCCAAAAUGGAAACACAAGCAUUACGGUUACGCUAUCCAUUCACUCUCUCUCCUCUUUACCGCUCUCUCUCCACAAAACCACACACUUCCAUUUCAUUCAAACUGGAAGCCACCAACAGCAACAACAACAAAGCUUCCUUCAAUGAAGCCGCUUUCGAGGCGGAGCGGCUCACCCUCGACGCUGAAGCUCGUCGAGCAAUGGCGGUUGAGGAGGAGAAAUCUUCGAUGCAGGAUGAUCCAAAAGCUUGGAAAUGGGUGAUUAGAAAGAGGAUAUGGGAUUUGAUGGAAGGGAAUAAUUUUGCUCAGAAUCCUAGACCUGUUCAUCAUAGGAUUCCUAAUUUUGUUGGUGCUUCUCUUGCUGCUGAUAAGAUGAGGGCACUAGAUGUGUUCCGCGAUGCACAAUGUGUGAAGGUUAACCCAGAUUCUCCUCAGAAACCAGUCAGAUUUCUCACUCUUUCAGAUGGAAAGAAAUUGUUAACUCCUCAACCACGUCUGAGGACAGGUUUUUUCUCUGUAAUUGAGUCAAAUAUGUUAACUUCGGGUACCAUCAAGGAAGCAUGUACUUCUGUUGGGGUUGCCAAAUAUGGUCGACCAAUUGGAUUAGAUGAAAAGAUAAAAGUAGAUCUUAUUGUUAUUGGAUCUGUCGCUGUUGACCCGAACACAGGUGCUCGAUUAGGAAAGGGAGAGGGAUUUGCAGAACUUGAGUAUGGUAUGUUGCGUUAUAUGGGAGCUAUCGAUGAUUCAACACUAGUUGUUACCUCAGUGCAUGACUGCCAAUUGGUGGAUGACAUUCCAGUUGAAAAACUGUUAAUCCAUGAUGUACCAGUGGAUAUCAUUUGUACUCCAACUCAGGUCAUUUUUACAAAUACAUCCAUUCCAAAGCCUCAAGGAAUUUAUUGGGACAAAUUGUCUCCUGAAAAGCUGGGACAAAUUCGUAUACUUAGAGAGCUCAAGAGGAGGAUUGAAUUAGAGAUUGGAAAGAAGCUUCCUACUGGUCCGUCAGAGAAAUUACCCCCUACUGCUCAAAGAAAUAGAAGAGGUUAAAUAGUAAAUAUGAGUUUUGAUGGAUUUAUGUACAUAUUUGAAAUGUUUAACAUAUACUUCAAAAGGAAAUGUUGUAUAAGGCUAUAUGAAUACCAGUUCUUAAGUAAUUGAAGCAAGCACUUGCCCAAUCUGAAUAUUGCUUAUUGUUAAAUGUUACUAAUUGGAUUUCAUGGA